AUGCUCGCUCGCUUCGCUUCGCUCGCAACUACCACUGAGCCGAACCAAAUUUGUGGACAUGGAACACGGCGAGGACUCGACGAAUACAUCUCGUUGAAAGUCUCAUCCAGAAGAGCUGCGGUAAACUGGCAGGUGGAUGGGAGACUGUCGGAAUCUCGGAUACAUCGAACGACAUUGUGUGAUGGCUCGCCCACCCAUCGACGACGACAGUGCAAGUCGCUUUUGCCCCACGGCCAAGGGUUUCUUGGGCAACUCUGCAUGAGCGAAAACCCCCAGGCCUCGCCACUUGGCCAUCAAGGCGACGAACAAGAACCUAGGAACCCUGCGAAGACCAAGAUUCUUCCCCGCGUCCCAUGCACAUUCGCUGUGAACAGGUCCUACGCUGCUGGCUUCGCCCCACCUCGUGUCCACGAAAAGGAGACGACUAUUCCAUUGAAGGAUAACAUCGAGACAGGCUGCGGCGCGUCCGGGUUUUGGAAGGAUUUACUAGGAGGCUCAUUCCCAAAGAUGUCUGCGCAACAGUUAUUCGUUGGAGGAUGA